AUGAAAGUGGAGGAUGCGGACGCCCUUCGCGCCCGAGUCCUCGAGCUCGAGGUCCAGCUGCAAACGACCAAAGGCCUCCUUCGAAACAUAGAAAGGUCCGGCUCGACAUCAACUCCAGAUCCUCGUGAGAAUGGAGGAAGCAUGGUCUUUUCUCUGCCUCUCACCCUUCCAAUAGGCCACUCAAUGCACAACCUCAUGCUCCUCUCCGACUCAGCCCUUCCCCUCGGAUCAUUCGCCUACUCAAGCGGUCUCGAGUCUUUCCUAGCCCACCACAAGCAAGUUUCCCUCACGCCCGGGCAGACAAACCUGUCCCUUUUCCACAAGUUCCUCAAGCUUUCCAUCCAGUCGGUAGCGUACACAAACGUCCCGUACGUUCUUGCUGCCUUUCGUGAUCCACUGGCACUCAUGGAUCUCGAUAAUGAUCUCGACGCGAGCACGCCCUGCACGGUCGCGAGGAGAGCCAGCGUCGCUCAAGGCUGUGCCCUGUUGAGUGUCUGGGAGAAAGCUUUCGCUCCCGCUGCGAAACUGCAGCAUGAAGCCGAAGGGGAAGGAGGUGAAGCUGCUGCCGCGCUUCAAGUCUUUUCUCGGGACUUAAAGCUCUCAGCGCUAUCUUCUGCCAGCCUUUCCAACAAUGACUCUCACCAAAUUCCCACAGCCAACGGACACCUUGCUCCUCUUUGGGGCGUCGUCUGUCUCUCUCUAGGCCUCAACCUGGAAGAGUCAGGCUACCUGUUCCUCCUCAACCACUCCAAAGCCGUCAUUAGUGCGGGUGUUCGCGCAUCCGUGAUGGGGCCUUACAUGGCGCAGAACGCACUCGCAUCCAAAGAAUUGCAAGAGCUAUUGAGAGGCUGUCUGGAGAAAGUCUGGUUGAUGAGACCGGAGGACGCAGGACAGGUAGUUCCAAGCAUGGAUCUGUGGGUGGGAAGACACGAGUUGCUUUAUAGUAGGAUUUUCAAUUCGUGA